AUGGACAGAUCACGCCCCCCCGGUCUCACCGAAUCAACCCUUUCACUCCCACACAGCCCGUCAGAUCAGACCGAGCUAGAUUUCCCGAAUGUUGCCGCUGGCACAUCCGCCCAGCAACCCAUUUCCGGUUUCAUACACCGGGGAAAGCAGGAAGAGCCACGAUAUUGGGGUCCUCAUCUGCCCCUCGGUAGCUCCCGUCUACCAAUAGGAGCCCGCUAG